CGCGGACAGCCUGCUCCCGCGCGCGCGCUGGGGUCCUAGCGUGCUAUAAGAGCGCGAGGCGGAAGGCCCGCCUCCCUCUUUCGCUGGCGGCUGGCGGCGGCGCCGGGCAGGAACCCGGGCGGGAACAGCACCCACCGAGAGCACCAUGGCCGAGGAAGGCAUUACUGCUGGAGGUGUAAUGGAUGUUAACACCGCCCUGCAAGAAGUGCUGAAGACUGCACUUAUCCAUGAUGGCCUCGCUCGUGGUAUCCGUGAAGCAGCCAAAGCCUUGGACAAGCGCCAAGCCCAUCUUUGCGUUCUGGCUUCAAAUUGUGAUGAACCCACGUAUGUAAAAUUAGUUGAAGCACUUUGUGCAGAACAUCAGAUAAACCUAAUAAAGGUUGAUGACAACAAGAAGCUGGGUGAAUGGGUUGGGCUCUGCAAGAUCGACAGAGAAGGAAAACCUCGCAAAGUAGUGGGCUGCAGUUGCGUGGUGGUCAAAGACUAUGGCAAGGAAUCUCAGGCCAAGGAUGUCAUCGAAGAGUACUUCAAGUGCAAGAAAUGAACGGAAAAUAAAUUUUAAACCUGA